CUAAUUUCCAUUCAAGGACCGUUCGCUCACCUCUCAUCUUCGCUUCCGCCUACAAAUCAAAAUAACACGUCCUCAUUCGUUGCAUUCUUCGCUCCCUUCUCUUCUCGAAUUUCCUCCUGCGAUCUCAUUCCUCUGGUAGUAUGAUGCGAAAAAGAUCAAACCACUCGCGGGCGCCGCCUCCUCCGCCGCCGGCUGACUGGGAAGUUCUCCCUGGCGGCAUGCUCGUCCAGAAACGCCUAGGCGGAAUCUCCCCCGACGCCGCACCGCCAGUCCCAGCUAUACGCCUCCGCAUCAAACACGGCCUCGCCCACCAUGAGAUCUAUCUCAGCUCCCAAUCCACCUUCGGGGAAGUGAAGAAGAUACUAUGGGAAAAAACGGGUUUGCAUCCUCAGGAGCAGAGGAUUCUUUUCAAAGAAAAGGAGAGAGACUCGUCAGCGUAUCUUGACACCGCCGGCGUCAAAGACGGUUCGAGGAUGGUGGUCGAGGAAGAUCUCACCGCUCGGGCCAAGCGGCUUCUUGAGAUGCGCCGUGUUUCCCAAGCUGAGCGGGUGGCAAAGUCACUCGCUGCCGUCGCCGUCGAUGUCGACGGGCUGGUAUCGAAGGUAUCGGAGAUGGAGACGGCGGUGGGGGCGGGCAUGAGUGUGGCAGAGAAGGACGUGGUGGAGUUGAUCGAGCUGCUUAUGGCGCAGCUUGUAAAGCUCGAUGCCAUCGCUGUGGAGGAGGGCGAGGCCAAGAGGAAGAGAGGAAUUCAGGUCAGGAGAGUGCAGAGGAAUGUGGAGAAACUGGACCAGAUCAAGCUGAAGAACUCAGAGCCUAUGCAUUCUUCUUCUCCUUAUCUGCAGAAACAACAACAGAGGCAGCAGGUUGUGGUAACAACCAAGUGGGAGAUGUUCGACGCAGUCGCCGCACCGGGGAUGGCAGCCUCCACGGUGCCUGCAGGAUCACGGAUUGAAUGGCAGUUGCUUUGAUUGAUGAAUUCGAUUGUAAAAUUUGAUUUGAUUCCCUAUUUGUGUGCCAAGUAUGAAAGAUUGAAAUAGCUUCUAUUUGAAUACUUUUUUGAUACUGUGUGUAUAGGCCUCAGGGGCCAGUCUACAUUGAAUGAGAUGAAAAGAAAAAUAAAUUGGAAACUUUUCACUUUA